AUGAGUGUCGGGGUCGGUGUAGGCGAUUUUAUUAAAAUCCUGGAGCUUAUUCACCAAGCCCGCAAGCGAUUCGUGGAUGCCCCCAGUCAGUAUGAUGCAAUAUCAAAGGACCUCAAAAGCUUUCAAAAUGUCAUCUUAGAUAUUGAUAUCCUUUCAUCGGAAUGGGAACCCGAUACUGAGCAGCGAGAAAAGCUCCGGAAAGUCACAGACGAGUCAACAUGUCUUUUGAAAGAUCUUCUCGCGAAGCUUGACAAAUAUCGAGUAAUUGGAGCUACCAGGACGGGCAUGGUUCAGCAUGCGAAGAAAGCCUGGAAAAGAUUGAACUGGGACAAUGUUGAUAUUCAAGACUUCCGAAGCCGGUUGUCGCUCAAUCUCCAGGUACUCGGUGCUGCCGAGAAACAGAUAUAUAGCAAAAGGUUCUCCAGAAUGGAACAAAAGACCGAUCACAUAACCGAGCGAUUAGAUCAGCAGCAUCUGCAUGAAAUACUUGAUUGGUUUGGACCUUCUGACAAUAGAUCACGCCAAGGCUCUUUGUUAGAUCAGCACGAAGAGGGAACUUGUGAAUGGUUUCUAGCUUCAGCAGAGUUUCAGGAAUGGAUGACCAGUCAAAAUGGAAUUUUGUUCUGUCCAGGCCUUCCAGGAGCAGGGAAGACAUUCCUAGUUUCCAUUGUGAUCCAACAUCUUGAAAACUUCUUCGACAAUGACGGUAACACUGGCAUAGCUUACCACUACUGCGGUCUCAGGCACCGAGACAACGAAACCGUCAAUCUUGUUCUCUCAAGUAUCCUAAAGCAGCUUGCUCAGUGCCAAGAGUCUCUACCAGAUGCAAUGAGCACUUUGUAUGGUAUGCACAAGAAAAAGGACACUCGGCCCUCGGUCAAAGAGAUCAAGAGAACAUUAAAUACUGUGUCAUGUUUGACUUCUCGAACCUUUAUAGUCAUUGAUGGUCUUGAUGAGUGUCAUGUGUGGAGAGAGCUUAUGACGGAGCUCAGAGGCUUGCAAGGCGUGAAUAUCUUGGUAACCUCUCGGGUCAUCCCUGAUAUUUGUAACGACAAGCAAUUAGAGGGGAGUACUGUACUUCAAAUACAUGCCAGGGAAGCGGAUGUUCGUAAGUACCUUGGUACGAACGUGCUGAAGGUUGGUGGAAUCGUCGCAAACAGUCAACAGCUCCAGGAGGAUGUUUGUAAAGCGAUCUUAGAGGCGAGCGGAAGGAUGUUCCUUCUGGCUCGCCUGCACCUUGACUCUCUUGAAGGUAUAAUAUCUGUCAAAAGGCUGAGAGAUGCACUCAGCACCUUGCCGACUGGUACAUCAGCAUACGACGAAGCUUACCAGGGUGCUCUUGAAAGAAUAGAGAGCCAGCACGGAGACCGAGCAUCCGUCGCUAAGGAUGUUCUGGCCUGGCUGACAUUUGUAAAAAGGCCUCUCACCAUUGAAGAGCUCCGAACAGCUGUCAUUAUCCAGGAAACAGAUUUACAUAUUGAUGACGACAGCUUAAUGAGUAUAGAGGAUAUGGUUUCUGCCUGUGCGGGCUUGGUUGCCGUUGACGAGCAGAAUGACAGUGUUACUCUUAUUCAUUACACGACGGAAGAAUACCUGAAGCGGGUAUUGCCCACGUGGAGAAACUCGCAGCUGGAUGCAGACGCCAUGAUAGCGACUUCAUGCCUUACUUAUCUGCUAUUCCCUAUCUUUGACGUCGAUUUCUCAUCGAUGGAAAGACUUUCUCAGAGCAGAAAAGCUGGAAAACAGGUCUAUCCGCUGCUGAAAUAUUCUCUCGACCAUGGUGCGUUUCAUGCCCGACUCGUUGGUGCCAACUACCCUUCCAUUGCUAGAUUCCGCUCUUCGAGUUCAAGGGUUUGCAAGAACUGGCUACUAUUGAAGCAAGGCGUAUGCGCCGAUGUCCGGGAUGCGGAAGGGAGAACCGCUUUGCACCAUGCUGCAAUUAACGGCUGGGAGCGGUGUACUGAGUCUCUACUCAAAGGAGGAGCUAUCAUUGACUCUGACUUCAAGAACAUGACUCCUUUUCACUACGCAGUUAGCACCGGCAAUGAAGCAAUCGUCCGAGUCUUCCUGAACGCCGGGAUACCAGUGGAUCUACCAGUGACGAGGCAGACUCACGUACCCCAUUAUCAAGAGAACCAGUCGAGUUAUACUGCAAGAGACAGUGAGCAGACGGCCGUUUACAACUCCUGCCCAAAACGAGGUCUGACUCCGCUGCAUCUCGCUGCCUUGACAGGAAGCCAAAAGAUGACGAGGUUCCUUCUGGAUUACGGAGCGAACCCAAAUUUUCCUUCUGGCAGUGGUGAAACGCCGCUACAUCUAGCAAUGAAGCAAGACUUACACGGGCCCAGAUGUCAAACCGCUGUGGACUUCUGGAAAGAUGCAGAUAAUCGCGUGGAAUGUGUUCUUGAAUAUAUUGAUCGAGAGGAGGAUGAGUACUGCUCAGUUGUUGCCUCGAUCCGAAAACAAAGGUCUGCGGUUGUUGACCUAAUCUUAGACAGCCCCAAGACCGAUAUCAAUGCCCAAGACAACUUUGGGCUGUCUGCUUUGCAUAUCACGGCCCGCAGUGAGAAAUUGACCGAGUCGUUGUUUCAGAAGCUCAUCGACAGAGGUGCCGAUAUCUCCUUGUGCACAAGGCAAAAUAGGACGCCAUUACAUUUCGCCGUUAUAGAGAAGAAUUUCAUUGCUGUCUCAAAACUUCUCAUGCUGGGGGCAGAUCCUGUGGCCGAGGAUGUCAACGGGGUCAACACUUUGCAUUAUGCAGCACAAACUCGCCACUUACAGACAAUGCAAGAUUUGUUAAACGCCAUCCCGGACUUCCAGAAGGCGGCCUUCAUGGAUUCCAAAGACAAAGAAGGGAAGAAUGCUCUCCAUCACCUCUUGAGAAAACGUGGUGCAGUUGGAGUUCCUGUCGCCCGAUAUCUCCUGGAACGAUGCAAUAGUAUUAACAGUCUCGACAGCACAGGAAUGUCGCCCACGGCGUUAUAUCUUAGUGCUACUGUCCUCAUUUCGCACCAGGAUGACCAACAUGUGCUAGAUCUUUUGUUUAGCUGUGGAGCAGAUCCCACCUUCAAAACUAGAGAAGGGUUCGGCUUGGUGCAUUUAGUCGGUACUUCCCGCCGAUGCUCUGUGGGUGUGCUACAGACGUUAGCAAAAUGGGGUACAGAUCUAAGGUCUUUGGAUACAGAGGGUCGAACAGUUCUUCAUCAUAGUUCCAUGAUAGGAACUCUCGUGGAGGACGUCCUUCACUUUCUUUGCCAUGAUGUAAAGCUGUCCGUGGAUCUGCGCGAUGUGCAUGGGAAGACAGCUUUGGAUUAUGCCGUUGAGGAGAAACAGAAGGAACAUAACCCGGAUCUUUUCGAUCCAGGCCGGUGGGUUAGGGUGGAGAAGCUACUUCGUGGUAUAGAUAUGGAAGCAUAG